ACGUGUGCUUUUUUUUGCGACGCACCCACCGGUCCCCUCGCGCAAGCCCACCACGCGCUAUCCGAGCGCGAAUGUCGAAUGAGCCCUUCCUUGUACCGCGGAACAAGACAUUCUGAAGAUGCAGUCCGAGAACCAGGCCGACCCGCCCCUCGCCGAGCGCCCGCAUCACGCGUCGCCGCCAGACCCCAGAGACGACAAUCUCUUGGCAACGGCGCUGAAGCAGCUGCAGUCGACCCAGGUCCUCGCCGACUGGAUGUCUCACUAUCGAAGUGCCAUUGAGGACGUCCCGCUUUGCCACGUGGCUCUCCCUGGCACCCACGACAGCGGCACUUACUCCCUCGAUCCACACUGCCCCUACAGCAUCGAACUGCGCGGAUCGCGCAUGAUAAAUUUGGCCUCGCUCGUCGGACUCGGCCGACUCGCCAAGCAAAUCGUGCUCAAGUGGGCCGUCUGUCAGGACCAGGACACCGAGACCCAGCUGGCGGCCGGAAUUCGCUACUUCGACCUCCGGGUCGUCGCCGUCAAGGACGAGUAUCGCAUCUGCCACGGACUCUGCGGCGGGCUGAUCUCCGACAUGCUGGCGACCUUCUCCAAUUUCGUGCGCGCCCACCCGAGAGAAAUUGUCAUCUUGGACCUCGUACCCAAAAACUUCUACGAAUUCGGCGUCCACUCAACGCUCCAAAUCGACCACCACCUGCACUUCUCCAAGAUGCUCUGCGACGCGCUCCAAGGCGUCAUGUGCUCGUCGGAGCACCUGAGGUGUGACAGCACGCUCAGAGAAUUCUGGGAUUCCAACACCAACAUCAUCGUUCUCUACGACCCGCCUCCAGACCUGUCGCCGGACCUCGCGCGCCUCUUCUGGCCCCCGCGGUCUAUCCAGAGCUACUGGCCGCGCCACUGCAAAAACGCGCUCAGCUGGACCAAGUGGGCCGCCACUCACCUCAGCGCGCGCCCCCCCCUCCUCCGCCGAACUCUUCGUCCUUCAAGGCGUCAUCACCCCCGACAGGAAAAUCAUCUCGGGACUCUCCCACAGCGCCAGGGACCUGCUCCAACUCAGCCAACACGUCAACCCCCACGUCAUCGACCUCCUCGUCGAAAACCCGCACCUAAACCACAACAUCACCAUCCUCGACUUCUACGACCGCACCCCGCUCUCCCUCGUCUGCAACUGGAUCAACGCCGGCGGCUCCCACCUGUUCACCCAAAAACUGGGCUUCCCGCCAACCGCCGCGCUUUCCGUCUUUGCCGCGACCACGAGCGAACCGACGCGCCCAACCGACGCGCGUCUCUUCGCCGUCGGCAUUUACCUCAACGACUCCCUUCUCACCGGCUGCCUCCCCGGCCACGUCGUGGGCUCCACCUGGCGCGUCGUGGACGUCACCACCAUUCUCCCCCGCCGAGCCCCCGCCGACCACGUCCAACUCUCGACCCUCUCCUCCGCCGGCGAGCACUACCUGUUCGUGGCCCACGAACGAGACACCCGCUCCUACCUGUGGAACUCCUCCAAGUCCACCUGGCUUCCCUGCCUGGACGACUCCGCCCUCGCCCUCCCGGACCACCCUCCGGACCGCCACCUCCAAGUCCUCCAAUCUCACGUAACUCCCGAGAACACCAUUUACCUCGUCAGGCGCACCUCUGACGGCAUCUCUCUCUUCGACAUCCACCCCCCCUCAACCUGCCAAUCCCACUCCCUCUCCUUCGACCAACUCCUCCAGCAAAACCUCUCCAGCCACCCCGCCUCCUUCCAGUCCUUCCUCUUCCAAGACACCCUCUACUUCUUCUUCCUCUUCCCCUGUCAGUCGCACCCCUCUCAGCGCUGCUCCGCCUCUCUCGUCGCCUUCUCCCCUCAUUCUCCCCCGCACACCUCCCCCUCCCCCGUCCCCCUCCCCUCCGGACUCUGCCUCCUCCGCGCCGAACAGUGGACCUCCCACGCCUACCCCCACCUCGUGCUCCUCGCCUGCAUCCACUCCAACACUCUGUUCACCCUCGAAUUCGACGGACUCCUCUGGCGCCUCGCCGACCCUCUCCACCUCCACCACCCCGCCGUGCUGCGACUCUUCUCCCUCGAAGACCACCCCCACCUCCUCCUCCGACUCCAAGACGGACUCGUCGUCCUCCGCUACUCCCCCUCUCAACCCUCCUGGACCCCCUUCACCCAACUCCGCCAGUUCACUCUCUCGGGACUCUGGGAUCACGACCUCUGUCUCUCCACCCUCCGCGUCAACUCCUUCGACGAACACUUCGCCCUCAUCACCGCCCGGCACCAAUGGGGACUCCUCACCGUCAAACUGCUCAGCGACGGCUCCUGGUCCUAUCUAGGCAAACCCCCCCUCCAACACCCCACCUCCCCUCGCUCACCUGCCACUCCCCCUCUCCAAUAAAAAAAAAAAAAAAUAC